AUGAAUUCAGCAACCCAGUCUACAUCUGUGAGUGAAGACCGUCCAUAUUCUAUCAUCAAAUCUCGUUCCAAAAUGUCUCGUACACCAUUAAUAAGGCAUAAAAGUUACGAUUCACAUGGAUUAUGCACAAUUGAUGAGGUGCCAUUAUGGCAGCGAGAUAACGAUUUCAUCCUGGGCGGAUAUGUUAGAGAAACAAACAGUUUCAGAAGAUGCUUUAAGUCACUUUUCUAUCUCAAUAAUGAAUGGGUCAAUGUCUACACACAUCUGGUCCCUGGAACUUUAAUGCCGGUUGUCCUUUUUCUUUUACGUCCUUUUAGAAGAGUUAACAAUGACAAUUUCAUAGGCUUUAUACCAUCUGCAAUUGUCUCGAUUCCAAAGUUUGAAAACACAAAUGGUACCGACAAGUUGAUUUUCGGACUUUUCUUUUUUGGGUUCAUGACAUGCCUUUCGUGCUCGGCAGUUUUCCAUACAAUCAAGGUUCAUUCGCUUAAAGUGGCUAAUAUGGGUAAUAGUAUUGAUUAUGCGGGCAUCGUGGUUCUUGUCAUUACAUCAAUGAUUGGUAUAAUAUAUUAUGGAUAUAUUGAUUCUCCUAUUCCAAGAUUCAUAUUUCUGGCUAUUACCUUCCUUUUCGGUGUGUCUUGUCUAAUCACCAGUUUGAGGCCAGAAUUUAAGUCUAACGAAUGGAGACCUUUCAGAGCCCUUAUGUUUAUCGCUUUCGGUUUAUCUGCACUUUUGCCAAUUGGUUAUGGAAUAUAUAGAUAUGGCUUUGAGGCGUCUGUUCACCGCUGUGGCUUCUGGUAUGUUGUGGGUGAAGGCGUUGGAUAUAUCACAGGUGCAGUGUUGUAUGCAUUGAGAAUUCCGGAAAGAUUUAGACCAGGAAAAUUCGAUAUAUGGGGACAUUCGCAUCAGAUCUUUCACGUUUUUGUUGUUUUAAGUGCUUUCUCACAUUUUAGAGGGCUGGUCGAGAGUUACAUAACGGCACACACUACUCUCAUGCCAUGA